AUGGGCCUUAACGGGGCAGGAAAAGUGGCGGCGCCACCCCUCAACAGGAGCGGGUCGCGCAACAUGAUGCUUAUAGCGGUGCUGCUGUUCAUGGCACUAAUGCUAGGAAUAUAUGGCAUUGCGGCUGCGGGGAUGCACUGCAGCUGCCCCGAGUGCACGCACCGUAGGCCCUCCCGCGCCACCCUAGAGGCGCGGGAGCGGGAUAGGGAAGAGAGGCUGGACGACCCAGCAGCAGCAGCAGCAGCAGCAGCAGCAGCAGCAGAGCAGCAACUAGAACGGUGGCAUCGCCCAGGGGCGGCAGCCAAGUCGCUGCAGGAUGGCCCGCUGGGGGCGCAGCAGCAGAGGUCGGAGCCGCCGAUGGAGCCAGUCCUGGACGACUUGAUAGCGGGCGGGCUGGUGUCCUACCAGUACGUCACCAACGCCAGCGGCGACUUCCGCCUGAAGACGCCCACGGAGGGGCGGUCGUACAACUGGCAGGUGCCCAUCUUCACGCUGUGCCUGGAGCGGUACGGGGAGCGGCACCGCUGGAUGGGCUUCAUCGACGCAGACGAGUUUGUGGUGCCCACCGGACCCGCCGCGGAUGCCGGAGACGACGGCAGCAGCUGGGAGGAUAGCAGCAGCGGCGACGGCGACGCCGAUGACGGGGAUGGAACCAGCAACGGCGGGGACGGGGGCGGCGAGGACGGCGGCAGCGGCCCGGCCGGCGCGCUGCCGGCGCUGCUGCGGCAGUAUGAGCAGCACGGCGGGCUGGUGCUCUACUGGCAGCUGUUUGCCUUUGAUGGGCACAUCGAGCGGCCGGGCGGCGGCGUGCUGGCCUCCUACACCUCGUGCUGGCCCCAGAACAACGGCAUCCACCGCCACGUCAAGAGCUUUGUGCAGCCAGCAUACACCAUCAAGCCGCACACUGCACACAGCUUCAUCUACCGGGACGGGCAAGGCGCGGUCAACACGUUGGGGGCGCGCGUCUCGGGGCCGAUCAUCCGCAAGGGGAAGAUCAGCUACAAGGGCGCCGUGCUGCACCACUACAUAUCCAAAUCGCUGGCGGACUUUGAGGUGAAGGCGCAGCGGCGGGGGGGCGCCGGCUCGGUCAAGACGCUGGCACACUUCCUCAAGUGGCACAGGCAGAGCACCGAGACGUGCGGGCGCGCGGUGCCGCUGGGCCGCGCGCUGCACGAGCGGUACGACCUGCGCCGCCACGUGCCCGACCGCUGCCUGGGGCCCUUGGCGGGCGUGGCGGCGGCGGCGGAGGUGGAGGAGGACGAGUAGCUAGCGCGCUAGGCUCUGCCCGUCCAGCCACACAGCCGCUCGGGCGGCUGGUGGCUUGUCGGCAGGCGUGCACGUGGGCCCAUUUGCCACCCCGGUUCUGAUUCUUUGCCUUAUCCCCUGUUCACCCUGUCUCAUUGAGCAGCCACGCUGCCAGCAUUGUUCCUCCACUUGACCCUAUGCGGCUCCUUCCUGCACAACUCAACUGCUGAUUUGCUUCUUCCACUCCUGCUACACUCCAAUCUCUAUUUCACAUUGGGGCAUAUGCAAUCUCUACCACAAC